UCUGUUUUAGACUUUUUUCGGGCGUUUUCGAAUCCCUGUUCUUGACAACAUUAACACGCGUGUAACACGAGAACGUGUUCUCGAGCUGGUUGUUACGAACGCACGGGAGGAUCAAAUGCUGUAAAAAUGAGCUUGAAAGUGUACUUCGAUUUGAUGUCCCAGCCGGCGAGGGCAGUUGUGCUGUUUUGUAAAGUCAACAAGAUUCCCUUCACGCCAAAACCUAUUGCAUUGAGAAAAUAUGAGCAGCAAAGUGAGGAGUACAAGCGCAUUAACCCAUUCCAAAAAGUUCCUACCAUACAAGAUGGUGAUUUCAAGCUUACUGAAAGUGUGGCAAUUUUGCAGUAUCUGGCAGAAAAGUACAACGUUCCCGACCAUUGGUAUCCGAAAGAUUUGCAAGCUCGCAGCAAAGUGCGAGAAUACAUGGCGUGGCAGCACAUGAACACGCGCAUGCACUGUGCGACUGUCUUCAUUCACGAGGUGAUUCUACCCAGAGCAACUGGAACACCCCCUGAUGAAGACGAACUCAAGCAACACGUCAACACAAUGCACACCACACUGACGGCCAUGGAGGACGUGUUUCUGAAGGACACGCCCUACCUCUGCGGAGACAAAAUCAGCAUCGCCGACUUGCUCGGAAUCUGUGAGGUGUUGCAAGUCACGGCAUCGGGACGCAACGUCACCGCAGGCCAUCCGAAACUCGCAGCCUGGAUCGAGCGCGUCAAAGCGGACCUGAGCCCGCAUUUCAACGAGGUGUUUGUGCUGCUGAACCGGGUGCGGGACAAGAACAUGCAGGAGAAAGCUCCACCGGCAAAACUGUAAAAUCGCAUCAUCCUUUAGAGAGAGUCGAAAUAAAAAUCUAUGAUCACGUCAUGACCAGAUUCCACUCAUGUUCAUCAAUUUGUCAUCACUCACGCUCCAACAGCAAUGGCUCUGUGUAGGAUCUGUAGAGGGCGCACUUUUGGCUUACUAAAGUGUGGGUGCUGCUCAAGAUUUUAAGGACCUGUCUCAUAUCAUAUCCGGGACGAGUUCCGGACAAGUUGCGGGUAGAAUCAUUCACUUUGUCCGGAAGAAGCUCUGCAUUUGUCCCAGACAUGUUCCAGGGAAAUUUUCAUUACCAGCUGCUUGACUCAUUGAUACUUCAAACUUCAUUGCAGGAAGAUUCAUUGUUAAGAAUCCUGCAACUUAUAAAUAAUACAAUGUCUGGAACUUGUAUCCGGAAAUUGUCCCAGAUAUGACUUGAGAGGGGCCCUAAGGCACUUACCAAGUGUGGCCCAAUGCAUGAUUCUCAUUAGGAAAUAUGGUUGCAGGGCAUGAGCCAAAAUUUCUUGCUACAUGUGAACUAUUCACACAGUACACACAUUGUAUUCUGCUUUUAAUGGAAAUUGUGAUUAUGAGGUAAAUAUCAAUCAAAAAGAAUAAGGGUAAAUGAAAACAUGAUUCAAUAAAUGUUGGCCAUUUUCCAGCCAAUAAGAACAUGUACCUGGGGCCAAUGGGCGCAACUACUGACCAAGGGAUGACCUUAUUAAUUAAAAAGAUGUGGAUUUAAUUUAAGGUCAUCCCUUGGUCAAUAAGUGUGCCUAUUGGCCCUACCAAUGUUCUUAUUGGUAGUAUGAGACUCCAUCCAGGGACACACUUAAGCUUAUGGUAUCAUGUUAUAAGCAACAGUUUAUAUAAUUUUCAAAUCUAUUAUCCAACUUCAUGUGAAUAUUAGUUCAUGUAAUAUGAUAAACAUUCGAAUUUGCUGUUUGAUUUCAGCGCGUUUGUCCAAACAAAAUUGCCAUGUAUGUGUUUUGUAAAGAAUUCAUGUAAUUACUGUCAAAUAUUUUCUUUAAAGUUUGUAAUAAAUUAUGAAACUUGAGAGAAAAUCAUUUCUGACGAUGAAGACUUUGUUGUUACUUGUAUAUAAUUAAGUUAAAGAAAUUACCAAGCCCUUUUCCAGUUUUAUAUUUUAUUAACGUGAAUUGUUCCAAAUAUUAUACAUUAGGCUUUAAAAUUAUUGAAAAAUAUUUGAAUACUACUACGCUGGGAUAUUUAAAAGCUCAAGAAUUUCAAUUUUUACAUGAUGAUAUUCUGACAAUAAGUGGUUGGGUCACUGCAAUUAAACUGUUAGUGAGGUAUGCAUGAUUGAGUUCAAAUGAAUACCUUAAGAA